AUGGUGGGUUUUAUACUGGCCACAUUGGGGAAGGAAGGCUUUGAAAGGGUUUAUGGUCUCGGACUCUGCAGAAGUGACCUUCACGAUGAAGAUUGUUUCAGCUGUGUCAAUUCCUCAAGUCAAGCUAUCAUUGAGAAAUGUCCCUACCAGAAAGAAGCCACAGAUUUCGGACCCCCAUCUUUGUGCAUUGUCAGGUACUCAGACAAGUCCUUUUCCAGGAUAACUGACUCAAGUCCAGCUCAGUUAAUUUACAAUUUAAGCAAAAUCACCAACAACACUGAUGAGUUUGAUCAGGCCUUAUAUAGUUUGGUUGAUAGCCUUAUAGAUACUGCUGCCAACAGUUCUCCUAGAUCCAAGUUUGCAACUGGUGCAAAAAAGUUUUCAGAAUAUGACUCUAUAUAUGCUCUCAUGGAGUGUAUCCCUGGCCAAACACCAGAUGAUUGUAGGUAUUGUCUAAGACGAGCAGUGUCUGAUUAUCAAGAAUGUUGUACAAGGAAGCGAGGAGUAGUACUUCUUAGGCCAACCUGUAUUUUUCAGUAUGAUUUGUCUCCUUUCAUUGAAAUUACCACUGAUGCGGCCUCACCGCCACCCCCUCUACUUGUUGAUACUUUUGCUCCACCCCCAACAACAAGCACGACAAAAAUCAAGAAAAUUGCUUAUUACUAUGAUAAACAUUUAAUGCAAAAGUCGGAUAUCAUGUGA